CAAAGUGCAUUGCUCGCAAAUUAUUUAACUUGGUUAGUAUUUCAAUGCAUUAGUUGUUGCAAGUUAACACAUUAAACCGAACAUGUCGGACGAAAACGUUAUGGUCACUGGAGCAGAAGUAUACGCGCGGGCUUUGAAAAUUCAGGGAGUGGAAUAUGUGUUUGGAAUAGUUGGUGUUCCAAUCAUGGAGGUUGCCAUGGCAAUCCAGCAGGUUGGGUUAAAGUUCAUUGGAAUGAGGAACGAGCAAUCAGCUGCUUAUGCCGCAGGGGCCAUUGGUUAUCUAACUGGGAGACCAGGUGCUUGCUUGGUUGUUUCUGGCCCCGGUUUGAUCCAUGCAUUAGGAGGUAUGGCAAAUGCAAUGGAAAACUGUUGGCCAAUGAUAGUGUUGGGAGGCUCAUCUGAUGAGGAUCAGCAAGCUAUGGGAGCUUUUCAAGAAUACCCACAGGUUGAAGCAUGCAGGUUGUACAGCAAGUUCGCUGCACGCCCUACCAGUAUCACUAUCAUACCAGAGAUAAUAGAGAAGGCUGUUAGAACUUCAAUAUAUGGAAGACCUGGUGCGUGUUAUGUGGAUAUACCCGGUAACUUUGUCAAUGCUUCAGUAAAGCUGGGAGACUGCAGGUUCCGAUCUGAAUGCCCACCCCCACCACGAAGCUUAGCAGACCCAACUUCCAUAUCUUCAGCUGCUAACCUCAUGCUCGCUGCCAAGAGGCCUCUCAUAAUCAUCGGGAAGGGAGCAGCUUAUGCAAGAGCAGAAGAUGAAGUGAGGAGAUUUGUGGAGGAUCAUAAUCUUCCUUUCCUCCCAACUCCUAUGGGGAAGGGAGUGAUCCCUGAUGAUCACGAGCUCUGUGUUUCAGCUGCCAGAUCAAGAGCUCUGCUUAAUUGUGAUGUCAUAGUUCUUCUUGGUGCUCGGCUAAACUGGCAACUGCAUUUCGGGAGGCAGCCUCGUUUUAACAAGGAUGUUAAGGUGAUCCAAGUCGAUAUCUGUGCGGAGGAAUUACACAACAAUGUUCAAUCUACUGUGGCUUUGUUAGGAAACAUUCCAAAUGUGAUACAGCAGCUUAUUGAACAUUCAAAGAAAACUCACCGUGGAGUUCCAUGGAGGUUGUCCAAGGAUUCUGAUUGGUGGAAAUUUCUGCAGGAAAAGAUUGACAGCAAUGCUGUGUCAACUAAGGCAUUGGCGGAAGACAAGUCUGUGCCUUUGAACUAUUAUGCUGUGUUUGAUGUAUUGACGAAACAUCUGCCUAAGGAUUGUAUUAUAAUAAGUGAAGGGGCGAAUACAAUGGAUAUUAGCAGGACCAUGAUAUUAAACUACCUACCAAGGCACAGAUUAGACGCUGGUACGUUUGGAACAAUGGGAGUUGGUUUGGGGUUCGCUGUUGCUGCAAGUUUGUACUCGCUGGACAUUGCCAAAAAAACUGGCAUGCCACCACAGAAAGUGGUUUGCAUACAAGGAGACAGCGCAUUUGGUUUCUCAGGCAUGGAGUUGGAAACCGUGUGUCGAUACAACCUUCCACUUGUGUUUGUGGUUGUAAACAACAACGGAAUCUACUCAGGCGGAAACAAGGAUUUCUGGGAAGCGAUAAAAAUGUCCGGAGACAUCGCUGUACACGCCCCCCCCACCUUCCUCACACCUGAGUCGAAAUACGAGAAGUUGAUUGAAGCGUUUGGUGGGGAAGGUCACUCGUGCGUGACGGCCGAUCAGCUGGACGAAUCAUUCAAGCGUUGCAUGUCACGCUCCAGUGAGCAAGCGAGUCUCAUUAACGUAAUGAUUGACACGACGUCAGCGAGGAAAGAACAGGAGUUUACUUGGCUGACUAGAAGCAAAAUGUGAUCGCUAUUUAAUGAUGGAUGAUAAAUGUCUAAUUUAUAAAAAUCGUGCUAUGCAAUUUCUCUAAGUAAAAUAAAAUGCAAUUGUGUUUCAAAA